AUGAAACAUUCAACGGCCCAUCUGCCGGAAGGCCAUGGCUCUGUCUACAAAGAAGUUCGGUUUUCACCUACAUCAACACCGCUUCGCCGAGCGCAAUCGGUUUCGGGCAGUAAUCCCUCCGCGAAUUCCAGAUAUGUGCAAGCGCCCGUAUAUGGUCGGAAUUUCCCAGUCCUGGAUACAUCCUACAUCGAUCAAUCGAGACAGCUUCUCGAAAAACAGCGUGUGAAUUUUCAGGCGGAGCGGGAGCUCUUUGCGCAGGAACGACGAUUGUGGGAGACAGAACGGUCGCUAUUGAGGGCCAAGAUUGCAGAGUUAGAAUCAUUGAAGUCUCCAAGAUCAAACUCAAAUGUAUCCGUACCUCGUGCCUCCAGCGUCUCCUUUGGGGUACCACAUGUCCACGGAUCUCACGAUUCCUCAUUACACUCGGCGCAGGUGUGGGAAGGGACAAGCCCAGGUGGCCGACCAACAAGGGUCUUCCGAAACGAAGAGACCCCGGACAGUGCCUACAUGUCGACGAUCACCGAAGGGAGCGACAAUAAGCCUCCGUCCCUAGACGCAGCCCUUUCUCCCCAGACACGAGCUGCAGACACUCCUGGGCCGGCCGUUAGCGUCCCAGUGCCGAUCGAGAAACUUGACAGCAGACUAGAUGGAAUCACCCUCAAGUCUACUGCCUUACCACCGGAUGUAGUAGCUCGGGUAAUUACUCCACCAUCGCCAUCGCCCCUGACCACAUCCCCUCCUGCCCCUUUGGAGCCUGCAGAACCUACCGACCCUGCAAGGUCUGAGAUGGACCACCGACACAGUCUCAAGUUGAAGCUGUCAGAACUCGGCCCGCCCAAUGAGAACCUCGUUCGAGACGCUGGACACACCCCGAUGGUGAUCAUCGAUGUCGGGAGUCGCCGAUCCACCCAGGACGCUACUCCUGCCCCUGAGCCAUAUCAGGAGGAGGCCCCUCUCGCACCCGUGCACACGGAAGUCGGCCUACCGACUGAGAAUGCGGAGUCUUAUUUCCCCGAUCUGCCCGAAGAUCCUGCCCUAAAGGGGCCUCUUGGCCUCACCAACGACGAGGACCACGACAAUAGCUUUCUGAAUGAGCUUGACCAGAAACUUCUAGACCAAGCUCGGCGGAUCCUUGGCACCUCAGAGGAAUCGGGUGAGCCGGACGAAACCGAACAUGAGAUGCCUAUCCAUGGUGAACAGGAACCGGAAUUCAAAUUCAAAAAAUCCAAUAAUUUUGGCACGGCCUUCGGAACCUCCAACUUUGGUAAUUUUUGA